AUAUGUUGUUGAAAGGGGUGAAAGGUUACAAGUGUGACGUCGCCACGUGUAGUUGUUGGUGUUGCGCCUCAAGCGCAACAAAACACAACAAAUUACUCCUUUGGGUGCUGAGUUCGAAAAGUCAACAUGAGGAACUUGAAGCUGCUGAAGAGCCUUCAUAAUUCAGAGCUCCAGAGCCCGGGCUCGCCACAGUGUUUAUCGCUGCGCGUCGACUCCGGAACGUUACUGGUUGCUUCGGAGUACUCCAUCUCAGAGUUUGACCCUCACACUGGACAGGUGGUAAGUGAAGCCUCACUGACCGCAGAUGGCUACCUCCCAACCGACGGGAGUGGUUGCGUGGUCGGGCUGCAGCACCUGGCGGAGGCUGAUUCGGCGUGUUUGGCCACGGCUGGCGGGGAUGUCAUCGUCUUUGACUUCAACACAAGUCAAUUGGAGUGUGUCGGCAGCGUGGACAGCGGCCUGACUGGCAUGAGCUGGAGUCCUGACGAAGAGCUUGUGAUUCUCACCACCGGUCAGGAAACGAUCAUCAUGAUGACUAAAAACUUUGAACCUAUGACAGAGUUUGCAAUUCACCAGGAUGAAUUUGGUGAAGGGGAGUUCAUCACAGUGGGUUGGGGCAAGAAGGAGACGCAGUUUCACGGCUCAGAAGGAAAAGUGGCUGCGCAAAGGAAGGUUCAGGAAGUCAAGCAAGCAGCGGAGUGGGACGAUCGCCGACCACGGGUGACCUGGCGAGGGGACGGGCAGCUCUUUGCCGUCGGCGCUGUCUGCCCACGCACGGGAGCCCGCAAGGUUCGAGUGUGGAACCGGGAGGGCGUCUUGCAGGCUACCAGUGAGCCCGUCGACGGCCUGGAGCAGGCUCUGUGUUGGAAACCAUCCGGAAGUCUGCUGGCAAGCACUCAGCGCCAUCCCAACAAGCACAGCGUGGUCUUCAUGGAGAAGAAUGGCCUUCUGCAUGGAGACUUCACCCUACCUCUCAAAAAAGAUCAGGCCAAGGUGAAAGAGCUUCUUUGGAACAAUGACUCCACAGUUCUUGCAGUUUGGUUGGAGGAUUUACCGUCAGGUUCUGAUGGGCACGUCAACACUUGCCUACAGCUGUGGACAGUGGCAAACUACCACUGGUACCUGAAGCAGAGUCUAGAUUUUGGGACGGACCCUAGCAAAGCACCGGUUUGCGUGUGCUGGGACCCAGAGCACUCAUUGAGGCUCCACCUGGUCACCCGUGGCUGGACCUGCUUGGCUUACGACUGGGGCUGGACGACGGAGAGGAGCCUGGGAACGGACGCUUCGGACGGAGCCAACGUAGCUGUGAUCGAUGGAGACAAGAUCUUGGUGACCACCUUCAGGCAAAAUGUGGUUCCUCCACCCAUGUGCUCCUUUGAGCUCCAGCUCAAUUCACCCGUCAAUCAGGUGACCUAUCUCUGUCAGCCUCAGAGGACCAAUCAUCUUGUGGCGCUCACCGCUAAAGGAAAUAUAGUCAUCUUUGGCCAAGAUUCUGGAAGUGAACCUGAAAAAAGAGCAAAUGGAUUCAAAAUUGUAGCCACUCCCCUGGUCCUCCAGAAAACCUUUAGUGUCGCCGCCCUCCAGCAGGCGCCGCUUUCUCUGCGACAUUUACUCUGGCUUCAAGAUGACCUCUUUGUGGCUAUUGGCCCAGGUCUGGUACUCAAUUCCUCCACUUUGAUAUUUCUGCACCCCAGCCCGGACUCCGACGUGCUCAAAGUUAGAUGUCAAAUGGAAGUGGACGGAGUCGUGGUAAGCAUGGCCCACUGCUACAGCACACGGUCUAUGGUUCUACAGUUGGAGGACGGACGCUUACGGAAACUGCUCUGGGAUUGUGAUGAGCCGUCCACGGAGGAGUGGCGAGACUCCAGCGGGUGUGUCAUCAACUUCCCUACGCCCUGUGCACAAAUAGCCCUUUGCAGUGUGGAUGGACAGGAGCGUGUGCUGGGCCUGACGGACAGAUCUCACCUGUACGCGGGAGACGUGGAGCUCGCCUCCAACGUGUCGUCCUUCGCCGUCUGCGGGGACUUCUUGGUGGUCACCACACAUGCGCACACAUGCCGCUGUCUACGACUGAGUGCGCUCAGCCUUCAAGCGCUGCAGGUAGCUUUGUCCCAGGACAGCGGCCAGAACGACGAGACCCUACGGCGGGUGGAGCGGGGGUCCCGCGUGGUCACCGUGGUGCCACAAGACACGCGGGUCGUCCUACAGAUGCCACGUGGGAAUUUGGAAACCAUCCACCAUCGCGCUUUGGUGCUGGCGCAGCUCCGGCAGUGGCUUAAUGAGUUGAGAUUCAUAGAAGCUUUUGAGUGUAUGAGGAAGCUGCGCAUCAACCUCAAUCUUAUUUACGACCACAACCCACAGGUGUUCCUGGAGAACACGCACACAUUCUUGACGCAGCUCGACUCCAUCAACAGCAUCAACUUGUUCCUCACAGAGCUCAGGGAGGAGGACACAAGCACGACCAUGUACCCUCAACCUGAAGGAUGCGCGCCGCUUCCAGGGCAGCGGCCGCACACUCUCGGGCGCAAAAAGGUGGAUGUGGUGUGCGACGCUUUACUCAGCGCUAUGGAAGCCACAGAUCCCAACAAGUUUUGUCUUUCCAUACUAACGGCGCACGUAAAGAAAACCGUUCCUGAGCUGGAGACCGCCCUGCAGAAAGUCCAUGAACUUCGAGUAAAGCCUCCCGAAGGAGACUGCGGCGUGAACGCAGAGGAGGCGCUGAAGUACCUCCUCUUCCUCGUCAACGUCAACGACUUGUACGAACACUCGCUGGGGACGUACGACUUCGAUCUGGUGCUCAUGGUGGCAGAGAAAUCACAAAAGGACCCCAAAGAGUAUCUCCCCUUCCUGAACACACUAAAGAGCAUGGAGGUAAACUACCAGCGCUACACCAUCGACAAACACCUAAAACGUUACGGCAAGGCUCUGACACACUUAAGCAAAAGUGGAGAGGAGCAUUUCCCAGAAACUUUGCAGCUGGUGAAAGAGCAGAAACUGUACAACCAAGCGCUGCGUCUUUACCCAGUGGACAGCGCUCACCACAAGGCGCUGAGCUGUGCCUACGCCCAGCAUCUUCUGGAGCAGCAUCAGGCAGAGCAAGCCGGCCUGCUGCUAUGGCGAUGCGGCGAACUCAACGGCGCCCUGCAGGCCUUUACCGCCGGUGCCUGCUGGAAGAACGCCGUCUGCGUGGCGCAGCAGAUCCCGUUGCCCGACGACCAGCUAGCACUCCUGGCGCGAGAUCUUGCAGGAAAGCUAAGCGAACAGCGACGCUACACGGAGGCAGCCGUGCUGCUGGACCAAUAUGCCAAGGACUGUGAAGAGGCCAUCUUGGCGCUGAUUUCCGGCGCGGCCUGGGAGGAGGCGCUACGACUGAUUCACAUGCACAACCGAACUGACAUCACAGAGACCAACCUGAAACCCGCCCUGGUCGAAGCGGCCAGUGCGCAGAUAUACUUGGUGGAGACACAGGUGGCUACUUUCUUGCGCCACCGCACGCGUCUGGAGCUGGUGCGGCGGCAGAAGGAGGACAAAGCCCGGAUCAGCAUUCUGGAUGAGGACGGUCCCGACUGCGCCGAUGCCGAGCUUUACUCCGAGGCCAGCAGCGUCCUGAGCGCAUCCAAGUACUCGCACAGCAACUCGCGCGUGUCAUCGAGAUCUUCAAAGAACCGGCGCAAGGCCGAGAGGAAGAAACUGAGCCUGAAGGAAGGAAGUCCCACGGAGGAGCGAGCUCUUGUGUACGCCUUACGAGAGAUUGUCACCACAGUGGACAAGAUGACUGAGGAGGUGGAGGCGCUUCUCAAAGCCCUCAUGCUCUUCCGCUACGACAAGCAAGCAGAGCAGCUGCAGCUGGUCUUCGCCGCAGCUCUGCACGCCAUCGAGACGGCCAUCCCCGAAGUGUGGCCUCAGGGCACGCGUGGCAGCAACGCUCCGCUGACUGGACCAAACUCGACAGUAAACAGUAUCAUGGCUUCCUUCCAGCAGCAGCAGAUACCGUCAAUGUCACAAGAAGAUGUGGAGAUAUCCACUCCGCCUAAAUUGAGAGGCAAUGUCAAGUGGAAGCUGGAACUUUUCAACUAAGUCCCUUUAUUUAAAUAAACAUCAUGUACGUACAGUAAAUAAAGUUUUACUUUCAACAGAUCUAUCCAGAAAGUGCAUCAUUUGUACAAAAGUUAAUGAAGUCCUCACAUUAUGGGUUGUUUUGAGCUGCCAGUGAUGUCACAAAAUUAAUUGGACAUCUCGCGCCGUCAAUGGCAGCCAAUGAGUUAACAUAGACACCAUUCUAGUGAGAGAUUUUAGCCUAAUGCACAGAUUUCUUAGACUAACGACGAAAUCACACUUGCAGCCAGUUAAAAUGGAUUAAAGUUGACUCAACCUGUGUCCUUGUGGGUACCACGUUGAGCAUGGAGAAAAGAAAGAAGACCAAAGACUUGUCUGAGGACUUGAGACAAUCCUUCCUGUUUAUAUGCGGUACAACUUUUGCACUUUUUCAACCUAAAUCCGGCGUGGGAUCGCUGCCUGUGUCGCUGCAACCGACUGCGAAUAACUGAUGUGGAUCGUGGGAUGGUCCCCUACUUGAAGGCGUGGCACAGUGAAGUUCAAAUCUGACCCGUCAAUAUCAUUAUGAAGUAUAUGCCUAAUGUAAUUUGUCGAUUCUUGCCGGGAGCAUAUCAAUAACCUAAUAGGAUACAAAGUAUCAAUUUAUUGCCAAACCCUUACUCAAUAGUCUGGAAUCACUUGAUAUUUCAUGGAAUCAAAAUGGGACUCAUCAGUGCAAAAUCUCAAGACUCAAAUCUUCAAUUUUGACUCCUCAACAAGCAGAUUUACAAUUGAUUUAGUUCUUCAGAUUGGACGUCUUGUCCAUUUGUGGAGAAACAGCGAGAACCAAAAGUGGUGUGUGGCAUUUUUUUGCCAUGUGGCAAAAUGGAUUUUGACAUGUGGCAUUUUUUUGGGUAUGUGGCAAAAUGGAUUUGGAUUUUGGAAAAUUUGGACGUGCAUAGCCGUCAAAACUGCCAUAUAGCCCCAAAAAAUGCCACAUGCCCCCGCCCCCAAAAUGUGACAAACCAAAAUCCAUUUUGCCAUAUACCAAAAAAAUGGCACAUGUCAAAAUGCAUUUUACCACAUGGCAAAAAAAAUGCCACAUGGCAAAAUCAGUUUUGCCACAUGGCAAAAUAUAUUUUGCCACUUG